AUGUUAAAGAAGGGCAACAAAGUGUAUGAGUUUUAUGUGCAAGAAGUGGCGGAUAACCUGUUUGAAUGGGAUCUUCAGAGAUUAGAGCAAAGAGAAAAGCUUUGGAAGUGCUAUCAGAAUAGCAAAAGUGUACAAGAAUAUGUCUAUGAACUCACCAAACUGUGGAACAUGAUUGGAGAUGUUGAUGAAAGGCAAAAAGUGAUCCAGCUUUGGACUGGCUUGAAUGGGGAUCUGCAAAAGGGGCUCUGGACCAAAGAGUUGCAUCCAGGAAUGUUGUUUUUAGCUGAAGUUCAAGGAACCGCCGAACUUCUUGAGAUUGCCAAUGCGAAAGUGAAGAAGGAAAAGGGUCACGGAACUCAAAACUGGGGAAACACAUCUGGCCAAAUGAGUCAGAAGAAUAAUUCCAAGGACAGGAACUCGGCUCACCAGCCAACUUGGUCUAAGGAAGUAGGACCGUUGAACAGAAAAAACACGAAGCUAUCCCAAACCACUGGUGCAAAGAAAGACUAUCAGAAGAAGCUGACCCCAGAGGAAUGA